AUGAAUCUAAGAUGGCGGAGGCCGUGCACAACAACAACAACAAGAACGGCGUGCAUGAGAGCUGCCCCUCCACAUCCACUGCAACCAACGCGGACCAGAAGCACCACCUGGUCCGACAACCACAAAGCCCGGCAGCACGCACUCAUACUAACACCUAAACGGGGACCUAAACCUCUGGAGACCGCCUCUGGCUCUCGGCUCCAUUCGGGAGAUGGACCAGCAACCGGCAGCAGCGAUAAGGGCACAACCAGCCACCACUCACACAGCAGCCCUCAAUCCGCGACACGCUACUCACCAAACGCACCGAGACCCAAGUACAUCGAGCUGGAUGCCGCAUAUUGCCCCCGGACUGUCGUGAAGCGCAUGUCAAUCAACCCCGCGGGAGCCGCAACGCAGGUAGACCGCCGAAUAACAGCGGGAAUAUGUUGA